AUGUCGCUCUGCAUGGUGCUCGUGCUGGUGUUGCCAGCCCUGGCCGCCACAGAGCCUGUUUCAGAGGGAGCAACCGAAGACCUGGCAGAGAGUUCCUGGAAUAGCUUCCUCUACUGCAAGUGCGGCCUGAGCUGCCAAGUGGAGGAUGUUGGUUCCUGGCACGUCUUUACCCUUGGGUCGGCUUGCGGCUGCUUAGAGUGCCCGGAGCAGAACGGCACCAACUCUCCCCUGCCAAGGACGGGCAAGGUAGUUGCGAGACAGCCAGCAGAAGUGCCGAAGCAGCCAUUGGACGGUGAUGCAGCCGUCGCCCAGGCAAUCGGCGCGGAGGUGUCAGCGCCGACGACGAAGCUCAGGGCCACGUGGGACAGCGCCCACAUGAAAUCCGCCAACCUGCUGUUUUGCAGGUGCGGCAAACACUGCGCCAAAGGCCGCAUUCUUGGCCUCUGGAAUUAUUGGUGCUAUCGCUAUGAAUGCAAGCCGUGCUAG